AUGGCUUACUCUGUACUUCCGCCAACAUCGAAUAAUUCUUUAAAAACUGUUGAAUGGAUGUGGCAAUCAAAUCCAAACCCAUUUUCAAAGUCUGAACCGGCUACAUGGGGUCAUUAUUCAGAUUUAGAAAACUUAAUUAUCGAACGGGCGUUCAAAACUAAACAGCCACGAGCUGUCUUGGAUAGUUAUUACAUUGAUUUCGAAAGUAAACUGCAAAUAUCCAACAUUGAUGAUUACAAGCAAAGACCGAUAAAACGUGUGGUACGUAAUAGAGACGAUAAACACUUAAGGGAAGCACGUUUUAUGGAUCUUCCUGUUAGCUCCGGACGUUCAUUUGGUGGUGAAUAUGGUUGGGUAUCCCCGUUUGUAAUAGAAGUCAGACGAGACUUGAAACUCGAGCCAGAUGAUUUACCUUCGAAAAAACCAACCCUAAUUCCGAUACUUGUGGAAAAAGCAGCGCAAGGUAUUAUUGAAGAAGGUAAAGGUAUCGGGAAAAAAUACGAAGCUGAAGAACUAGCUAAUAUGCUUCGAGAAAAUAAAAACGCGGGAAUCGAAGAAGUUUGGAAAUGCUGCGCUUAUCUUUAUACCUUGGAAAGUUUUUUGUACAAAACAUUAAAUGCAGCGAUGAGAUUGGUAGGAGACAAAGAACAGGAAAAAGUAUGGCGAAGUAAAGUUCGUACACUGGGUCCUUUCUGUUUAUUACUAUGGGAUGAUCCAUUUAAUACAAAAUUGACAAUCAAAAAGACACUUUAUCGAGGAGCCACUCUAACACCUGAGCAAAUCGCUAAAUACGAAGAGAUGGCCAAAGACAAGAAGGCUUAUGGGUCAUUUCAAGCGUAUACAUCAUGUACUCGAAACUCUGAAGUAGCUGAGUUUUUUAGUGGAAACGUCUUAUUCGUCAUGGAAGUAUUAAUUGCUUUUAUUGCCGAUUUGAGUCCAUUAUCUCGAUAUUCUGACGAAGAAGAAGAACUUAUUACACCAGGUGUUUGUUUUCGUGUUAGAAGUGUUGAAUUUGAUCGUAAGAAGAACAAACAUUUGAUCCAUUUGCAAUUAAGACAACGAUUCUCGCGUAAGUGGAAAAAUCUUUUAUAAUAGCCUUUAAAAUACAAAAAUAUUUUUCUAUACAUUUCUAUUCCCAUUUUAUAAGGUGCAUUAAGAUUAUAGUAAUGGACAACAUUACCAUUUCUUCAUAGAAAUAUGCUGAAGUUCAAUAUGAUAUCGUAAUUAACAAGUAACGCUCGUCUGUAGACUCGCUUAGCUCUUUCUCGUAGAAGUGCUGUUUCUAAACUGUUAACAAAUUGCUUAUUUACGAAUUUCCACGAUUCAAAAUCAGCACAUUCACACUGCAUUAUUCUGCCCAACUGCAUCUAUCUACACGUUUGAGUUUAGCAUUCUGAGCAGAAAGUUGGGCUGAUUUUUUUCCAACACUAUGAUGAGAUUAGUAAAUUUUAUUAUCUGCUACUCUUGCCACCUAAAUCUCAUCAUCGAUGAUAGAUUCUGGCUUUUACCUCGAAUAUCUGUGGCCAACUUUUUUUUAUAAAAAAAUAACGUUCCUAGAUCGAAUUACGGGCCAAAAAAAUCUGAUUGGUUGAAUUGCCCCCCCCCCC